AUAACAUCCGGGUGCCUUGUGAAGCGAACAGUUGGCCCGUAAGCUCAUGGCAGCGCCAGACAUCUAUUGAACCGUACAGAUAUAAGUUUUGUGAUAUCAUUUAAACAUUCAAAGUUGUUACACUGACAUUACUUACAGAGAAACACGGGUGAAGGAAAGCAUCAUCGACUUAUAAAUAAAGAUGGAUUACAUCUCAGCCCGAUUGGGUGCGGAAGACGGAUGGGGGGGGAGGGAAGGUCAGCCCGAAGUGGAGACGAGCAAGAAGGGGCCCGGCAUCACGCGUCACAAAGAGAUUGUCACCAUCAGCCCCAAGGCUUCCGCUCGCUCCCCCCCGCGACCAGCCCGAUCAACGUCACUUCCGGCCCUUGAUCGACACGAUAAAGAAAUCUACAGGGGUAGCCGAAGGGAAAAUUACCAAGAAGAGAAACACUGCAUUGGACCGGAGUGGAGCUGGGAGGACCAGCUUCUGAAGACGCGAGAGGGAUCCGCAGGAAAAAAGAAGCGCGGGAGAACUAUCCUGUGGAGGCCUGGCAGCGGCCGCCAUGUCGACGAGGGGCGUGAUUCCUACCGUCCUUUCACUCACGUAUCCAGGGUUCUCCACCUCGAGGAGGCCCUAGACAUCUGCCUCAGCCGGAGAAUAAGGCCAAAGAAAGUGAUAACGUUUAGCAGCAUCGACUCCCGCGAGCUGCCUGCGGACCACCCCUGCGCCAACAUGAAAGUGAUUUGGUUCGGCGCCGAGAACCAGGCGGAGGAGGAGCCCUCCAACUGGUAUGGCAAUGUUGAGUUCGCUGUGGACGCGCGGAUUCUGCUGACUCAGUGGAAGUACUGCUUCUGGGUGGAGAUGAUGACGGCGCCCACGCACACGGCUUCGCGUCUACUGCUCACCAACAAAGACUACUCAUCAGUGCUGCCCAGGUAUUACAGCAGCCACGCAGGUGGCCCGUGGCAGGUGACGCCUGAGGGGCAUAAAGGGCUCGUUCAGUGCUCACGGUACCGCUUCAAGGGCAUCAAUGUCCACAGCCACGCGCUGGAGUUCAUGAUCGAGGCCACUCCAGGGGACGAGAAGGCCAUCCUGGCGGCCUGCCAGAUAUCCUUCAAGAACCAUGACAGAGCAAAACACAUGAAUAUACCACAUGUGUGCAACCGGUACCAGAGGCUGGGCACGCCGUGUCCCACGCCUUACACUGCAAGCCAGACUGCACGGGAAUUCUUCAAACACAUCCAAAUGAGCGGCAUACCCAGGAGCAGGUUACCGGUGAGACUUUCCCCAGAAGCUCAGAAGCAACUGGAAUUCUUCAACGAAGAUGAAAGAAGGAUUGCCGUGCAGAAGUAUUUUGUGUCUCAUCCGGAGUAUUCCCAGCAAGGGCUGUACGUUCAGAAUCACAUGUAUUAUUUUUAGUGCAGACUGUUGUUUACUUUCAGUGUUUGAGUGUUAUUUUAAGUUACAACAUACCCAUACAUAUUUUCAAGAGUGAACCGAUGUAUUUAUACGUGAAAUUCGAUUACAAUUAAAUAUAAUCAAUAUUUUAUUUACAAAA